GAGCUCAUCACUGCCUGGUACAUCGGGUUCUUGACCCUUAUUCUCUCCUCAUUCCUGGUUUAUCUGGUGGAGAAGGACGUGCUGGAAAAAGAUGAGGAUGGGAAAGAGACGAAAGAGUUUGGGACCUAUGCUGAUGCCCUCUGGUGGGGACUGAUUACGCUGGCAACCAUCGGCUACGGGGACAAGACACCGAAAACGUGGGAAGGGCGCCUGAUUGCAGCAGCGUUUUCCCUUAUUGGAGUUUCGUUUUUUGCCCUUCCAGCUGGCAUUUUGGGUUCAGGACUGGCCCUAAAAGUCCAGGAACAACAUCGCCAAAAGCACUUUGAAAAAAGAAGGAAACCCGCAGCUGAACUCAUACAGGCUGCCUGGAGGUACUACGCUACUAAUCCCAAUAGGAUAGAUCUUGUGGCCACAUGGAGGUUUUACGAGUCCAUUGUAUCAUUUCCAUAUUUCAAGAAAGAACAAGUGGAUGGCACCAGCCAAAAGCUGGGUCUCUUGGAUCGUGUUCGUGGUAGCAAUCCUAAAGGAAAGCUGUUUACUCCUCUGAAUGUAGAUGCAAUUGAAGAAAGUCCUUCCAAAGAGUCUAAGAACGUUGUCUUGAUUAACCGAGACCGACUCCGUACUGCCUUCCGAAUGAAAGCUUAUGCAUUCUGGCAAAGCUCAGAAGAUGCUGGAACUGGGGACCCCCUGGCAGAAGACAGGGGAUACAGCAAUGACCUCCUUAUGGAAGACCUUAUCCCCACGCUGAAGAUGGUCAUCCGAGCUGUUAGGAUUCUACAGUUCCGCCUGUAUAAGAAAAGAUUCAAGGAAACUUUGAGGCCUUACGAUGUAAAGGAUGUGAUAGAGCAAUAUUCAGCUGGACAUCUCGACAUGCUUUCCAGAAUCAAAUACCUUCAAGCAAGAAUAGAUAUGGUUUUUGCACCUGGGCCUCCAUCUACUCCCAGACACAGAAAAUCACAGAAAGGAGGCACAUUCUCUUACCCUUCUCAGCAGUCUCCAAGGAAUGAGCCAUUCAUAAGCAAAGCAUCUACAGAUGAUCCUGAAGACCAAAGCAUGAUGGGCAAAUUCGUCAGAGUUGAAAGACAGGUCCAUGACAUGGGGAAGAAGCUGGACUUUUUAGUGGACAUGCACAAGCAGCAUAUGGGGCUGCAGGUCCAGGUCACCGACGCCCGUCCUUUGAAAGACGCCCCAUCCCCGGCUGAGGAUAACCGGUUCUCUGAACUGAAAUCCAUCAUCUACAAAUACGCCAAGCCUUCCAUUCAUGAGCUGUCUCCCAGCUUCCAUCACGUCCCCGUAAACAAAGUCCCUCCUUUUGGGUUCCCCAGCCAAGACUGUGGUCGCCACCCCUUUUCACUGCCCCUGGGUGAGCAGAACUCAGGCCGAUGGCCCUCCCUGCCCUUCUCCACGGCCUACUCAGAAAGGCCCACAGUCCUGCCAAUACUGACUUUCAUGGACCCUCAGGUUUCCUUCCAGUCCCCGCCGAGAGAGCUCUGGAACCCCCAUUCGGACAGAAUCUCCCCCAGACAGAGGCCAAGCACGACAAGGGACAGCGACACCCCCUUAUCCCUGCUCUCGGUCAAUCACGAGGAACUCGAACGUUCCCCGAGCGGGUUUAGCAUCUCUCAAGAUAAAGAUGAUUUCCUGUUUGGGCCAAACGGCGGAAACAGUUGGAUGAGAGAAAAACGCUAUUUGGCUGAGGGGGAAACAGACACGGAUACUGACCCUUUCACCCCCAGUGGGUCUAUGCCUCUGUCCUCCACGGGGGACGGGAUUUCCGAGGCAAUGUGGACUCCUUCAAGCAAGCCAAUUUAA